UUUACUCAAUGGUAUAGUUGCAUAUUCAAAAGCUGUGUGCUUUCUCGUGUAUUGCUAGGAGAAAGGUGCUUGUUUUUGAAAGCAAUGGCAGGUUAUCCUGAUUUGAGCGCAUUGAGCUUAUCGGAAAACGCAGGAGGAUGUGCUGGCGAAAGUUCAGACGAUUCUAGUGAUGAAGGCGAAAUGUAUGAAGAAAUGUUGGGAUGUUCGUAUGACGAGUACGGUCAACUGGUUUCCUCGGCCGGCAGCAAAACGCAUCAACCAGAAGCACCGCAACCUGAGUGCCCACCAAUCCCUCAGUCAGUGCCGCAACCCUGUCCUCAGCCGUCUAAUGCUCCUAGAAGGAUGUCUUGUGGAGGACAUAUGGUGCGGAAAAAACUGACGCUAUCAAAAGAUACAUCCGGAAAACUUGGUAUCAAACUAAAGCGAAUGGGCAGCGUAAGCAACCCGUUGUUUAAUAAGGAUAAAAUUUGUGACAACAUGCUUUAACGAAUCUUCUUUUGUUUUGUCGAGACCGGCUCCGCGGCAGCUAGUAAAGGAAUCGGGUUUGGGGAUCAGCUGAUAGGCAUCAACGGAGUUCAUCUGCCUGGAAUGACCGGAAGUAGCCUCAUGCAAUGGAUUUCACAGCAGAAAGCGGUAACAUUCAAAUUCGACGUUGUAUUCAGGCCAUACGAUUUUGUGCUUGUGGGAGAUAUCACUGCGAAAGGUGAACUUAUAUAUUCCACAUAUAAUGGAAAGCUUCUGGGGAAAGUGAAGCUCGAUAAAGUUUGCCUAAAGGGUUACAUCAAACAUCUGCUACUGCUGGAAGUCAGCGGUGUUCGAGUGUUAUACAAAAAGCCUAUGGAAAUCCUCGAAGCAUUCAAAAUUUCAUCAACAUCUUUGUGUCUUCGCGUGAUGCCUCGAAUUUUCGCAAAGUAUCUCCUCAAGGGGCAAGAUAAAGAAACAUUGUCAAAGAAGCUACAUUUCUCUUCACCGGCUGACUGAAUAUGACCGAUUGCAAAAACACAUGAUGAAUUUCAUCUUUGAGCUAACAAAUUUGUUUUUGAUAUUUUUUAUAGUACAGAAAUAUAACGUAAUUCUUAUGCUGCAUUUUUUAUUCAAUUUAUAAAUUAUAUGUUU